UCGAACCAUGGCGUUAAAAAGGUCAGGUGAUACGGAUGUAUCAGCAGAAAUGGCUUCAGACAAGAAGAGGAAGCAGGUGCGAGUGUGGGUCGAUGGCUGUUUUGACAUGGUACACUUUGGCCAUGCAAAUGCCAUACGACAGGCCAAAAAAAUGGGAGACUACCUAGUUGUGGGAGUACAUUCAGAUGAGGAGAUAGCCAAGCACAAAGGGCCACCUGUAUUUAAACAAGAGGAGCGAUACAAAAUGGUCAGGGCCAUCAAAUGGGUGGAUGAGGUGGUGGAGUCAGCACCCUAUGUUACCACACUGGAGACAUUAGACAAAUACAACUGUGAUUUCUGUGUACAUGGAGAUGACAUUACAACCACUGCCGAUGGUACAGAUUCCUACCACAUAGUGAAAGGUGCAGGGCGCUAUAAGGAGUGUAAAAGAACAGCUGGUGUGUCAACAACAGAUCUUGUUGGGAGAAUGUUGCUGGUCACUAAGAAUCAUCACAAACCAGACGAGGAAAGCGUAGAAAAGUCUGAUGUGUCCAAUAUAGGAGAGUCUAGUUGCGGCCACAGUCCCUACACUGGAGUUUCCCAGUUCCUACAGACUUCCAACAAAAUCAUCCAGUUUUCUGAGGGAAAGGAACCCAAACAAACAGACCGCAUUGUUUAUGUAGCUGGUGCAUUCGAUCUCUUCAAUGUUGGACACCUGGACUUCCUGGAGAAAGCUUCAAAGGAGGGUGACUUUGUCAUUGUAGGACUCCACACUGACCCUGUGGUGAACCGAUACAAGGGAGCUAACUAUCCAAUAAUGAACCUUAAUGAGAGAGUUCUGAGUGUUUUGGCAUGCAAGUAUGUGUCGGAGGUUGUGAUUGGAGCUCCCUACGAUGUCACUCAGGAUCUUAUGGACCACUUCAAGGUCGACAUUGUCUGUCAUGGAAUGACGCCGGUGAUGCCAGCUGAAGAUGGGUCUGACCCCUAUGCUGUUCCUACAAAGCUUGGUAAAUUUAAGACCCUGGACAGUAAAAAUGAGCUGACUACCCGUAUGAUAAUUGAGCGCAUCAUUGCCCACAGGCUCCAGUACCAAAUGAGAAACAAGAAGAAGUCUGAGAAAGAACUUUUGAUAAUGGAGGCUCUGACAAAGAAUAAUGUUAGUGAGAAAUAAACAAUAUCAGCACUUUUUUGACCCCUGACUUAGAUACCAUGACAUCAACAAAACCAAGAAUUUGACCUUUUGGAUGCAAAGCAGAGGAGUGACGUGGCAGUGUCUCUUCAGAUGAGUUCAGAUGAACUACGUAUAUGUUGGCCAUCUUGGACAGUGGCCAAACAAGUUUACUGGUCUGCAUUGGGCAGCUACAUCUAUUUGUUAUAAACUUUUUCAUUUCAAUACCCUGCUGUAUUUUUCUUUGUUCACAUAUACCAUUAAACAGUCUUGUUUCAGUUACAUCAAUCAUAAGAACAUGAAGUGAAACUGGCUGUUAAAUCCUUUAGUGUAUAUUUCAUCAGUUCAGUUGUAUUUGGAUACGUUUACUAUAUAUUUUGUUACUUUUUCAGAACAUAGUGGAUUGUAGACCUUUACAAAGUAUGGUCUAUUUAUAGCAUGUCUUUAAUGAUGUGGAAAUAACUUUGCUAUUGACAUUCGAGUGGGACAUAAUUUUACCGUAUCUGUUCCUCCUGUCAAGUCCUCUCCUGUUCCGAAAUCAAUAUCAUUAACAUAGAGAACCUCACAACAGAUUUGGUAGAUGUUAACCCUAUAUUAUCGAAACAUCAAUUCUACCUCUGAUCAGAUUCUGGUUUGCAUGGAAGGGGGACACUAAGACAUUUUCUAGUUAGUAAUUUUAUUGCUGAAUAAUGGGUUUGGUAUUGCACUCGACAUUUAGAGCAAGGGAACUUUUAAUGGAAAUAGUAUGCUAGUAUUUUGGCCUUAUGGUUUAUGUAUUACUGUAGAUGUUUUUUGUUUUAAAUCAUUACUGUGUAAUGUAGACUGUGUAGACUGUUCUUGUUGGUAUUGUUGUUUCCAUUAACUAUGUUUUGUAUUAACAUUCCAUCUGUGAUGGGACAUAGUAAGACAAGCAUAAUCAUAAUCUCUGGACUAAGUCAAUAAAAAUAUAGAGUUGCCUUCAUUCCUGUUGAUUUCAUGUGCGAGAAUUAGUACUUACUAAAGUAAAUUUAACACCUAAGCUCUAAUUGUGACAAAAUUAUUGAUUCAAACUGUAAGGCUCACAUGUCAUCAGGUUUAAAAUAUUCAAGUUAUCUCAGAAAGGAGGAAAAGAGUAGACAUAUACAUGUUCCGUUACUAAGGCGAAUUUAUCUAAAAAUUUUGUGAAGAGUGUUGAGUGAGCUCUCAUUUCUUGUAACUUACUAAUUAUUAAUCACACAAGUGCAAGAUUUCGCCAGUAAUAACAACUUUGUAACAGAUAUACUUUAUUCUUUGUUAUAUUUCAUGGAUUAUGUGAGGUUUUAAAAAACAUAUGUACUGAAAAAAAGAACAGAAGGAACUUCUCCUGUUAUUGUAUAUUUAGAAUUGAUUUGCUUUCCCUAGAUAGUAUCCUGUUAUUUAACAUUUUACCCCACUGACAAAUCAAUGCUUUAUAUUGUGUUACAAGGAAACCAUGUCUUGUAUUAUAUUAGUUUGACUUUUAUAAACAUGUUUUUAAGCUCUGUGGGGUUUCUAUUUCAUAUUCAUUGCUUUUGCUGUCAAUUAAAGUGUUGUGUUUUGACAUGGUAGAACUACUUACCCCAGUAGGCCUUUGUUUAUGUUCCUAUUUGUCGAUUCAGAUUUUUAUCAAGGGGUGCAUGUAAAUUAUUCAAGAGUGUAUGAAUAAAGAAAUUGAACUUUU